CCUACACCGCUAAAGUGCCAUAACGCGCUCUGAGGAAAUUCGGAAUUUAGUAUCACAUCGCUUGCAAAUCAAACAAGUUUAGACCUAAACAACGGAAUAUGGAGCAGACUAAGGCAGUACCAAAGAUUAAAGCUCUUCGACUCAACACUGUGCGUAUAUUCACAUUGGCCAGCACCAUACUGCUCUCUAUGGUAAUCACGGUGAUGUGCAUAGGGUUUCUAAUGCGUUACGAGGUGGACAGUGAAGUCUCUAGUAUAGAAGAUAUAUCAUAUUGGAGGGAUGGACUGCCACCGGAGCAGCAACUAUGGUUCGAUGAAGCUAUUAAGGAGUUAAAAGCGGCGCUAAAUAAGAACUGGCGCUUACAACCGGCGCGAAAUGCAAUCGUCUUUGUGACGAGUGGUAUUGAUACGGAAACAAUGGCGGCGGCACGUGCUUUGCUGGCGAACGGCACAAAGCCACAACCAGCGUUGAGCUGGGAGCGUUUUCCACAUAUUGGGAGAUUAAAGAAUAGUUGUAGCAACACCGAUCUAUGUGAUCCUUUCACCGUUGCCAGCGCCAUACUCAACGGCGUGCGGCCUCGUUUUCGUGUCGGUGGUCUCGACUCUAGCGUAUCAUUUCGUGACUGCGUGGCGGCGUUAAACGAAAGUCAUCAUGUAAAAAGUCUCCUCGAACAGGCCCAGGAGAUUGGUUUGCGUACUGGCCUCGUGACUACGCGACGCGUAACUAGCGCCGGGAUGGCAGCGCUCUAUGCGCGUACACCCAACACGGCAUGGGAGUGCGAUACUGCGUUGCCCUUAGCAGCCGCCGCUGCGGGUUGUACAGACACAGCGCGUCAACUAAUCGAAAGUCGCACGGGACGUAAUGUAAAUGUGAUUAUGGGUGGCGGUCGGCAAACGCUCGUUUCGGAUGUGCCAAAUUCGGCGCAUGAUCCUGUUGAUGAGUCAGUGUGUAAUUCGCAGGAUAAACGAAAUUUGAUAAGCGAUUGGCAGUUGCUCAAUGUGAAAUUGAGGCGAAAAUUUGCGGUAUUGCAAAAUCAAGAUGAUCUGCGAGAGUUGAAUGGCACUAAUGUGAAUCACAUCAUGGGUAUUUUCGCAAAUAAUUAUCUGCCACAGCGGAAGAGUCAAAGUGAUCAACGACGACAAUCACCAAAGCUCGCCGAUAUGACAAUGAAAGCUUUACAGGUUUUGAAACGUCAAAGUAAUGGUUAUCUGCUGAUUGUAGAAACUGGCGUCAAAUCCACGGCGAGUGUUGCUGAGCAAACGGAUAUGCUUUCGCACUUAAGUGACGUUGUGCAACAGACUGUGGCGAAAAUCAGUGAGGACGACACCUUGGCCUUGGUGCUGUUCACUAAUGGAAACUAUGUGCGCGAUGCUGUGGAAAGCAGCGCAGAGACAGAUGCUGAGACCAAUGUUUUUGACUUUACCGAAGGGAGCGCUCCAGCGAUUGAAGAGUGGUUAUCAAAUAUGGCAACGGAAGCUUUAAUUUAUGCGAGAGGACCACGUUCUUACCUUCUCCACGGAGUCCACGAGGAGACUUACAUGUCAUACGUCUUGUCUUAUGCGCUGCAAAUGGGUCAUUUCAAAUCGGAUACCGCAGCCAAAGGAAAACCUAAAUAAAUAGUUUCUAAUUGAAGAAAUAUAUAUAUGUACACCAGUAUAUAUAUACAUACAAACUUGUUUUGUAUAUAGAGAACAUUUAUAUAUAUUUUAAGAUUU